CCAGGAGGCCCCGGCCUCGGGCCGUGUGCAGUGAGUGGGGGGCGCAGGAAGCCCCUCUGGGAGUCUCUCCAAGGCAUGGACAGCCCCAGUCUUCAAGAACUUCGACACCCUCUGCUGGCAGGUGUAGGCUCCAACCCCCCUGUUCAGAAGCCUGGUGAGCCUGAGCCGGGGCCCCCCUUUGGAGAGACAGCCUUUGCAAAGUCCCUAAGGGAUUGGCAGUUUCUUCCGCCACCUCUUCCCUCUGUGAGCGCUGGUCUGGGGCAGCCGGGGCCCCCUGACCUGGAGGAUGCAUCAAGUGACAGCGACUCAGACUGGGAUGGGGUCAGCCUUCUCUCCCCACUCCUACCCCAUGACCACCUCGGCUUGGCUGUCUUCUCCAUGCUGUGCUGUUUCUGGCCUGUGGGCAUCGCUGCCUUCUGCCUGGCCCAGAAGACCAACAAGGCUUGGGCCAAGGGGGACGUCCAGGGGGCAGGGGCUGCCUCCCGCCGCGCCUUCUUGCUGGGGGUCCUGGCCAUCGGGCUGGGCAUGUGCACAUAUGUGGCAGCCCUGGUGACCCUGGCUGCCUACCUCGCCUCCCGAGACCCGCCCUAGCUGCCCCUGCGGCCCCCACCGUGAACCAGAGGCCGGUGGCCGAGAGCGUACUGGGACAGAAUGGAGAAUCCGGGUGGAUGUGGCAGCGUUGGCAUCCAGCACUGGGACUGAGCUGGACAGCGCCCUGCCCUUCCCGGCCACUGCAGCGUGAGAUU